GUUUGCUGCGUUACAGAACCAGCUCGUGGCUCUCAAGCAGAAGCAGUCGCUUCUCGUGGAUACCCUCCGUCAACUAGAGAAAAGGUUGAUUUGGAGAAUACCCUGGUUGAUGAGAGCCAAAAACAGGCAAAAGAUGAUGAAUCUGCUUCUAGAUCACGGCAAGAGAAAUCUAGUGAAGCAAGUGGAAGUGGAAGUGAAUCUGAUGAAGACAACGAAAGACACGAUGCUGCUGAGGAAGAAACAGAUGAGGAAGAAAAUGCAUUUUUUGAUACACGAGAUUUUCUCUCAUCAAGUUCUUUUAAAAGCAGUGGAUCUGAUUUUCUUCGAUCUGAAAUUGAUUCGGAUGAUGAUGAGCUCUAUGCUGGUUCAUUCGACGGCACUGACUCGGUGAAGCAUGUUGGAUCUAACUACCCCUAUGUUAGGAGGCGUAAAAAGUUGCCUGACCCUGUUGAGAAAGAGAAAGGAGUCAGCCUUUGGUCAAUGAUCAAAGAUAACAUUGGGAAAGACCUUACCAAAGUCUGUCUUCCUGUGUACUUUAAUGAACCACUUUCAUCAUUACAGAAGUGUUUUGAAGACCUUGAGUACUCUUACCUCAUAGACCAAGCAUAUGAAUGGGGUGGAAAGGGGAACAGUAUCAUGCGAAUGUUAAAUGUUGCUGCAUUUGCUAUUUCUGGAUAUGCUUCGACCGAGGGCAGACAUUGUAAACCUUUUAACCCCCUUCUUGGGGAGACUUAUGAAGCUGAUUACCCAGACAGAGGGCUGCGGUUUUUCUCAGAAAAGGUCAGUCAUCACCCUAUGAUUGUUGCAUGCCAUUGCGACGGUAAUGGAUGGAAGUUCUGGGGAGAUAGUAACUUGAAAAGCAAGUUUUGGGGUCGUUCAAUCCAGCUUGAUCCUGUUGGUGUUCUAACACUUAAAUUUGAUGAUGGUGAAACUUUUCAGUGGAGCAAGGUAACAACAUCCAUUUACAACCUUAUACUUGGCAAACUUUACUGUGAUCACUAUGGUACGAUGCGUAUCCAAGGAAAUGGCGAGUAUUCAUGCAAGAUAAAGUUUAAGGAGCAAUCAAUAAUAGACCGGAAUCCUCACCAGGUGCAAGGUGUUGUUCAAGAUAGGAAUGGGAAAACAGUGGCCACAAUCUUUGGUAAGUGGGACGAGAGCGUGCAUUACGUGUAUGGAGACUUUUCUGGCAAAGGAAAAGGAUCUGAACCAUUUUCGGAAGCCCGGUUAUUGUGGAAGCGUGCAAAGCCUUCGAGAUUUCCCACUCGCUACAACCUUACAAGAUUUGCAAUCACAAUGAAUGAGCUCACUCCAGGAUUAAAGGAAAAACUACCUCCAACUGAUUCAAGGCUAAGGCCUGACCAAAGAUGCUUGGAGAACGGCGAGUACGAGAUGGCCAAUGCCGAGAAGUUGAGACUCGAACAGAGACAACGGCAGGCGCGAAAAAUGCAGGAAAGGGGUUGGAAACCAAGGUGGUUUGCGAAAGAUAAAGACAGUGACACAUAUCAUUACAUCGGCGGUUAUUGGGAGGCCAGAGAACAAGGAAACUGGGAAGGUUGUCCUGAUAUAUUUGGUCAGGUCCCUACCGAUCAAACGAUCGACUGACUCGAAAUCACUGCAAAGCUUCUGAUGAAAUCUUCAAUUCAACCGUGCUUGCUAAUGCUCUUCUUCGCUAUAACUAUCUCUCAUAGUUCAUUAAUCUUUUUUAGUUUCAGGUCUGAUGCUCGCCAUUUUCGAGCAGUUCAGAUGUGCCGCAUGGCUUGUAAACAAAAAACUUGGUUUUUUUUUUUCUUUAAAAGAAAAUAUGGACAAGUUAUGAUCUCUCUGAUUAAGGGAAUGAAAUUUCUUCAUGUUUUUU